UCGGGCGUCACUGCAGUCCUUUUAUUCGCUCGUCUCGCGCCCCAGUCACGGUGGUUCAGUCGUGACCCUGCAGUACACUGAUAAAUCCGCGAAACGGAGGCGCGUCACGAAACACACACACGGGGUUGACACGGGGGUGAGCGGCCCGAACCACGAACCAGUAGCGUGGACCUGCUCGAGCACACCCGACGACGUGCGUGAAACCGGGCUGGACACUACGGGGUGUCCUGGGUCGACAUUUGUAUGUUCUGUUUGGACUUUGCUUGUUUUAUAACGCUCUGGACCCAAAGCCCUGCAGGAUUAAUUUCAGGAAUAAUGCAGUAGCCAUAGGUGAGAUUACAGAAUCCUAAGAAUAAAAGGGCGGACAGAAGUGGCAGGAUGGCGGUUUUCAAACUGGAUAACGUGGAGGAUCUCUAUGAAAUCGGAGAUGUCCUAGGAAGUGGUCACUUCGGGCAGGUGCGGGAGGUGCGAGAGCGGCUCACUGGCACCUUAUGGGCGGGGAAGUUUUUAAAACUGCAGCGGAGUGUGGGAAGCCGAUUUGGGCUGGAGAGGAAGAGUGUGGAGCAGGAGGUGGAGAUCCUUCAGAGUCUCCAGCACCAAAACGUCAUGGCCCUCAAAGAUGUGUUUGAGAGCAGGGCUGAGGUGGUUCUAAUAGUAGAGCUCAUUAGGGGAGGUGAACUCUUUGAUUUCAUCGCUGAGAAGGAGAAUCUGAUGGAGUCGGAGGCGAUCGAUUUCCUGAAGCAAAUUCUGCAGGGUGUGUGUUACAUGCACAGCAAACAAAUCGGCCACUUUGACUUAAAGCCCGAGAACAUCAUGCUGUUGGUUAAACAUGCUCCCAGUCCAGACAUCAAGAUCAUCGAUUUUGGCAUGGCCCAUCGCUUUAUACAAGGAGUGGAGUACAGGAGCAUGGGGGGUACUCCUCAGUACAUUGCUCCUGAGAUUAUCAAUUUUGAGCCCCUCAGCACAGCAGCAGAUAUGUGGAGCAUCGGUGUCAUCACCUAUAUUCUGCUGAGUGGCCUGUCCCCGUUUCAAGGAGAGACAGAUGAGGAGACGCUGAAGAACAUCGUGGCAAUGAGCUAUGUGUUUGAGCCUCACUAUUUCAGCCAGACCUCCUCGAUGGCGAAAGACUUUAUCCAAAAACUACUCACCAAAGAUCAGAGAGAGAGGAUGACUGCAGAAGACUGCCUGAUUCAUCCUUGGAUCAAGCCUCUGACCAAGACACAGAUGGCCAGGAGGAAUCGCUCCUCCAUCAACAUGAAGUACUUUAAGAGGUUUAACGCUAAGAGGAAGUGGAAGAUGUCCUACAACAUGGUGUCAGCCUGUAAUAGACUGUAUAAGCUCAAACUGGUGUGUAAGACUGGUGCUGUGGACAAGCAAGACUUGAGGGAAUGUGAGAGUGACCAGGAGGACACUGAAACCAAAACCGUAUCGCUUUUGCGUCGUCGACUCAGCAGUAGUUCCUAGAGACAUCCACUUGGGGGAGACACAACAUUAAAUUCUUCCAGCAACGCUGAACGUGACCAUUAAGCGUCACCUGGACUUUGACCUAUAGGGGGCGACAGAGGCCGUGUUCACUGCUUUCAGCAGCAAAUCAAAUCGCAUCAUUAGGCUUCAAGUCCGAAAGUGUGUCAUUUUCUGAACAUGUACUCAUGUCAGAAGACGUCAGUUCUGUGAAAGGGGAUGGACUCAUGACAUAGUCACAGUAUUCUCCAAACUAAUAUGCAAGUGUAUUCACAAGUUUAUUCUGCUACCUCUGAGAUGUUGCAUUAUGGUCCUUCAGCCUUCAGCUAGAGGAAUGGGGGUGAUAUAAUCUUUCAUGGAUUUACAUGUUCAUAAAGUUUAAAUGCUUCUAAUGCUACAGAAAAAAAAAUCUUGUGUUGGGAUCCUACUGGGAAUUUUAGGAACUUCUUCAAUUUCUUGAGAAAAUUCCUUGUGACCUCAAAGAAUGGAAAGCUUCCUCAUUUAUGUGCCUUAAUUGACAUACCACACACAGGUUCUUGACAUUUCAGCCCUCAGCCACCUUCACAUCUAACUCACCCCUGGAGAUUACGGCCUAGAAUAACCUGGGCUGGACUGUACCUAAAAGCACAUUUCUGUUGUACUUAAAGCCAGGCUGAAAGACCAUAUUAAAUAAGAAUGUCCAGUGUACUUGCGAAUUUUAAUCUUUUCACAGUGACCAUUAUGGUGGCCAUAGUGGUAACGCGAAUAGAUGUUACCGCUUAUUUUGAAUUGGCACCUCAUGCUCUGUCAUGGACACCAGAGGUUGAAUCAUGUUGAACAAUUCUGCUUAUCCAUCCCGGAGAAGUAGAAAAAGAUAUAUGAACAUUUUAAUAUUUUACCUCAGUCCAAGUCAUGGACAUGGCUUAUCGACAUGACAGAGCUCCCACAGCAGAAAUAAAACCACUGUCAACUGUU